AUGUUGGUUGGCUUUUGGAAUGGGCUACCUUCGGAUGUGAUGGAUGCACUUACUGUAAGGGAUUUUAAGGGCAGAUGUGAGAUUAGACCAGGUCCUGAGUAUCUGCUGAGGAACUAUCAAUUUACGAAGUCCAGGUUCCACCUACUACAGUAUUACUAUCUUGAUGAUAUGUGCACAGUGCCCGCAUUCUCCGUGUUCGCGUGGGGGCAUUAUUUUUUUCGACGUCCUUCCAUGGUAGUUCCAGGUGGUAUGGAUGUUGAUUAUGAUCUUCGAGGUGUAGACAUCAUGGCAUAUAAAAAUGGCGUCGUGGACUCAUUGAGGCAUAAGAUCAACAGAUCGUGUCCUGGACAUUUAAAGAGUCGUUGGCGAACUUACAAGAAGUACAGACUGUACGGUUAUACAGCCACCAGAGAACAGUCAGACCAACAGGAUAUCGACUGCUUGGCUGGUUUACACUUAACUUUCAAUGAAUUACAGCUCAUGAGAGUUGAAUACAGAAAAAAACUUCAUCGUGGACAUCGCCAACGCAAGAAAUCUAUUGAACUGUUUUUGGGUGACAUUCAUACUCAAGUACACAGGAGGGCGUAUUAUAGACCAACCAGAUAUCAACCACCACUAUCAAAGCAAAGG